AUGGCGCAGAUUCGCGAAAUGAUUGAGCUGCCUCUCCGGCACCCGACGCUCUUCAAGACUCUCGGAGUGAAGCCUCCUCGCGGCGUCCUGCUGUACGGACCGCCAGGUAGCGGAAAGACCCUGAUUGCCAAGGCUGUGGCCAACGAGACGGGUGCCUUCUUCUUCCUCAUCAAUGGCCCGGAGGUCAUGAGCAAGAUGGCAGGUGAAGCCGAGAGCAACUUGCGUCGCGCUUUUGAAGAGGCAGAGAAGAACGCGCCCGCAAUCAUCUUCAUCGACGAAAUCGAUUCGAUCGCCCCCAAGAGAGAAAAAACAAACGGAGAAGUCGAGAGACGCGUCGUCUCCCAGCUCCUGACCCUCAUGGAUGGCCUCAAGGGAAGGGGACAAGUCGUCGUCAUUGGGGCGACGAAUCGUCAGAACUCGAUCGAUCCUGCGCUGCGUCGCUUUGGCCGUUUCGACCGUGAAAUCGACAUCGGCGUGCCCGACGACAACGGGCGUCUCGAGAUUCUUCGCAUCCACACGCGCAACAUGAAGUUGGCAAACGAUGUGAAGUUGGAGGAGCUUGCGGCAAACACACACGGUUUCGUGGGCGCGGAUUUGGCGCAGCUCUGCACGGAGGCGGCGUUGUCGUGCAUUCGCGAGAAGAUGGAUUUGAUCGAUUUGGAAGACGACACCAUCGACGCUCAGGUCCUCAACAGCAUGGCUGUCACCCAGGAGCACUUCACCAGUGCGCUGCAGUGCUGUAACCCGAGCAGUUUGAGGGAGACAGUCGUCGAGGUUCCUAACGUGAAAUGGGACGACAUCGGAGGGUUGGAGGAUGUGAAGCGCAACCUGCAAGAGAUGAUUUUGUACCCGAUCGAUCAUCCAGAGAAGUACGAGAAGUUCGGCAUGAGUCCGAGUCGCGGCGUUCUCUUCUACGGGCCACCGGGGUGCGGGAAGACGCUUCUCGCCAAGGCCGUCGCGAGCGAGUGCUCGGCGAACUUCGUUUCCAUCAAGGGACCGGAACUCCUCACCAUGUGGUUCGGCGAAUCCGAGGCGAAUGUCCGAGAAGUCUUCGACAAGGCGCGGGCUGCGAGUCCGUGUGUGCUCUUCUUCGAUGAGCUGGACUCGAUCGGAACGCAGCGGGGGAACUCGCUGGGCGACGCGGGCGGCGCAGGCGAUCGCGUGAUGAACCAAAUGCUGACAGAGAUCGACGGAGUGGGUCCGAUGAAGAAUCUUUUCUUCAUCGGCGCAACCAACCGCCCCGAGCUGCUCGACGAAGCGCUCCUGCGUCCUGGCCGUCUGGACCAGCUCAUCUACAUUCCUCUUCCCGACCUCCCCGCGCGCAUCAGCAUUCUCCAGGCCACCUUGCGGAAGGCGCCCGUCGCGAAGAACAUCCCGAUUCCCUUCCUCGCACAAAAGACGGCUGGGUUUUCCGGAGCCGACCUGGCAGAGCUUUGCCAGCGCGCCGCGAAAGCUGCGAUCCGCGACGCGAUUGCGGCGGAGGAGCUCGCGCAAGUGAACGCCGGCAGCGAUGGCAUGGAUGCAGAGGAAGAAGAGAAGGCUGACAUUGUGUACGAGAUCACCCGCAAACACUUCGAGGAAGGCCUGUCAGGGGCUCGUCGCAGUGUUUCUCAGACGGACUUGACAAAGUACGACAAUUUCCGAAUGAAGUUUGAUCCUCUCUACAAGAACCAAGCAGCUGGUGGCGAUGGACAGGUACUCAUCGACUGGCCAGAUGACACCAACGACGUCUCCGGAGGAAUUGCUGGCGACGACGCCGACGACGACCUGUACUCGUAG